AGAGUAAUAGCGCCGGUGAGAGGAAGAGAAAAUCCUUUUCCCUUGUCCCUUUCCUCUCCUUUUCCCUUGGCGAGGAUCCACCGCGUCGAGGCCUCCUCCUCGCGCCGCGCACCCCUGGAGGAACGACCGUCCCACCGCCGGGCAGAGGCGCAGCAGCCGUCGUGGCACACGGAGUCGGUCGGUUGGUGCGCGGGGAACAAGUGGAAACGACAUUGAAGUGUUGGAACGGUGCGCGCGCGCGCGGUGAGAAGGAUCGGGUGCGAUGGCAGUGGCUGCGGGGCCACGCCGGCCACGCACGCUCCUCCUUGGUGGUAAACGCGCUUCCGGGAAUACCCUCGGGACGAGAACUCUGCGCCUGAUCCUCGCUGGACUUCCGGUGAUCCUUGUGCUCGCCGGCGUCCCGCAGGUGGCCGCCAUCAGGCUGGCUGAUGGCACCGGAUGCGGCCGCUACAACUUCAAAUGUCUGGACGGCACCUGUAUACCGGUCACCUCGGUGUGCAAUUAUCAAAAAGACUGCGAAAGCUCCGAGGAUGAGUUCCAGUCGUGCUUGCCACCUGACUGCGAUGCCGGACAGAUUACCUGUGGCCAGUAUAUUUUCAAUAAGACUUAUUGCAUACCUCCCCAUCAACGAUGUGACAUGACCGUCGAUUGCGUCGACGGAACCGACGAAGCUGGCUGCAAUUACAGGAAAUGCCAGCCCGACGACUUCCGAUGCGGCGGCACGACUCCAGAACUCUGCAUCCCGAAGGAGAAGGAGUGCGACGGCUAUUUAGACUGCAGGAACGGCCGGGACGAGGAGAAAUGCAACAACGCGAAACCAGCCUGCAGGUUGGACCAGUUCAGAUGCAACACCACGCAACGUUGCAUAGAACAGUCAGCUCGGUGCAAUUACAAAGAUGAUUGCGGGGACAACAGUGAUGAGGAGAAUUGCAAUUUCCAACCGUGCUCCAUCAACCAAUUCAGAUGUGCCAAUGCUCUCUGCAUACCGAAAUCGUAUCACUGUGACGGUUAUAAGGACUGUCAGGAUGGCUCCGACGAGAAGUCCUGUACCGUAACCGUGUGUCCCGGGAAUAAAUUCCUCUGUCCAAAGGGUGGGCCAGAAGACAAACCGCUUUGCAUCGAUCGGUCCCAGCUGUGCGACGGGAAGCGUGAUUGCCAGGACGGUGCCGACGAAGAUUCCCAAUGCUCGACCAGCAUGUGUAGUUUACUAAGGUGUCAGUACAAUUGUCAGGCCUCUCCUAUGGGAGGAGCUUGCUAUUGCCCCAAGGGUAGGGUUCUCGCUAAUGACUCAAGAACAUGCGUAGAUCGCGACGAAUGCGCGGAAUGGGGCUUCUGCGAGCAGCUCUGCAAGAACACCGGCGGAUCCUACAUCUGCAGUUGCGCGCCGGGUUACAUGCUCGAGGGCCAGCACAAGUGUCGAGCCAUAGUUCACGAGGACGGCGCCAAUCUGGAGCUGCUGGUCGCUCAGGAGCGCGCUGUCUGGAGGAUGUCCCCGACCGGCGAGGACCGGACCAUCGUCGCCAACACCACCGGCGCCAGCGGAGUGGACUACCUCUAUUCCAAAGACCUGCUCUUCUGGAGCGACGUCAAGACCAGGAAAGUACACUCCCAGCCGCUGAACGGCAAGGACACAGGCUCGAACGUGGACAUAUCGCUGGCGAGCUCCUGGGGACCGGUAGCCGUUGCGGUGGACUGGAUAGGGGAGAAGCUGUACGUCGUGGACUCUGCUGUCCCGAAGGUCGACGUGUUCGAGUUGGACGGCAGGUACCACGGCAUCGCUCUCGGCUCCAACCUGACUAACCCAGCGGACAUCGGACUGGACCCCACGGUGGGCCUGAUGUUCGUGGCUGACGGGAAGCAGGUCCUGAGAGCGAACAUGGACGGCACUUCCGCUUACCCGGUGAUCUCGGAGGCGGCCUACAAAGUAUCCGGCGUCGCGGUGGACAUAAUCGCCAGGAGGAUCUUCUGGUGCGACUCCCAGUUGGACUACAUCGAGACUGCGAAUUACAUGGGGAAGAAUCGAGUCAUGGUGCUCAGAGGAUCGCACACUCCUUCCCCGACGAGACUGACGUUGUUCGAGAAUAAGAUCUACUGGACGGACAGCACGAAGCAGGCCAUCAUGAGCAUGGACAAGAACCAGGGAGACUACUCGCUGCAGACGGUGUACAAGAUGAGGGACGCGAAGUCCAUCAAGGCGCUGCACCCGCUGAUUCAGGGACAGGUGUCUAAUCCUUGCGGCAACAACAAUGGCGGUUGCCAGCAUAUGUGCAUCGUAACUGCGGCUAGCGAUCAGGAGAACAGGUUGGGCUACCGGUGCGCCUGUGACAUUGGGUGGAGGCUCUCUAGCGACCAGAGGAACUGCAACCUGGUUCAGGAGUUCUUGAUGUACUCUCAGCAGAGGUUGAUCAAGGGCAGAGUGCUGGACCCUGUGAUGGAGGGAUUCAGCGACGCCAUUUUGCCUGUGGUCUCUAGAAGAGCCAGAUUCGUGGGACUGGACUAUGAUGCUUAUGAUCAGUAUAUAUACUACAGCGACGUUCUGCAGGACGUGAUCUACAGGAUCCACCAGAACGGCACCGGUCGCGAGAUCGUCUUGGCUAGUCAGAACGAAGGCGUGGAAGGCUUGGCAGUUGACUGGACAGCGAAGAACCUCUACUACAUCGACUCUCGCAAAGGAACCUUGAAUGUCCUGAGCACUCAGAAUGUAACCCACCGCAGGACGCUGCUGAAGAACCUGAAGCGGCCCAGAGCGAUCGUCAUUCACCCGAACCACGGUUACAUCUUCUUCUCUGAAUGGGACCGGCCCGCGAACAUCAGCAGAGCUUACACCGAUGGUUCCAAUCUGAUAGUCUUCAAGAACCUGACGCUGGGCUGGCCCAACGGCCUGGCGAUCGACUUCAACAAGGACAGACUGUACUGGUGCGACGCGCUGCUGGACCACGUGCAGCACUCCAACCUGAACGGCACGGACGUGCGCACGGUCCACUCCAGGCUCAUCAGGCAUCCCUUCUCCAUGGCCAUCCACGACGAGUGGAUGUACAUCACCGACUGGCGGCUGGACGCCAUCAUCCGGCUUCACAAGGAGACCGGUGACCAGGAGGCGAUUCUGGUCCGCGAACCGGCUACCAACAGGCUCUACGGCGUGAAGGUCUUCAGCCGCGAGAUCCAGAACUCCCGCCUCGAUCACCCGUGCUUCGUCAGCAGCGGCGGCUGCGAGAAACUGUGCUUCGCGAUCCCCCAGAACAACACCAACCGCUACGGCAAGGCUAGGUUGACUCGCGUCUGCGGCUGUCCGUACGGCGAGCGUCUUCAGCCCAACGGCAGGACCUGCAGACCGGACCCGGAAACUGAACCGCCCGUGGACGCCUGUCCGGACGCCUGGGAUUUCACCUGCGCUAACCAGAGGUGCGUGCCUCACACUUGGGUCUGCGACGGCGAGAACGACUGCCUAGACAACAGCGACGAGCAGAAUUGUACCAAGCCCACCUGCGGGCCGAACGAGUUCCAGUGCAAGGGCGGCAGGUGCGUGCCGAUCACGUUCAAGUGCGACUCGGAGAACGACUGCGGGGACUACAGCGACGAGGUGGACUGCCCGAACGUGACGUGCAGCGCGAACCAGUUCGCCUGCGCCAACAACAGGUGUAUCCCCAGCACGUGGCGAUGCGACUCGGAGAACGACUGUGGCGACAGCUCCGACGAGGGCGAGUUCUGCGUGGCCAAGACCUGCUCCUACUUCCAGUUCACCUGUCCCAGGUCGGGCCACUGCAUUCCUCAGUCCUGGGUCUGCGACGGCGACAACGACUGCUUCGACCAGCAGGACGAGAUGGACUGUCCGCCCGUGACCUGCCUCAGCACGCAGUUCACUUGCGCCGACCAGAAGAUGUGCGUCCUCGACUCGUACAAGUGCGACGGGAUCUCCGACUGCAACGACGGCAGCGACGAGGUGGGCUGUCCGUCGCUGGCUCCUGACGAAUGCAACGCUGACAAGCAGUUCCAGUGCGUCAGCUCGGCCACGUGCAUACCGAAGAGCUGGUACUGCGACGGCACCUACGACUGCCCGGACAAGUCCGACGAGCCGGGCCCGUGCCGGCUGAUCGGCUGCCAGCCGGGCUUCUACAAGUGCGCCAACGACGCCUGCGUGUUCAAGGCGUACAUCUGCGACGGCAAGAACGACUGCAGCGACGGCUCCGACGAGGACCCCGAGCUACACGCCUGCACCUCGCCGGAAUUCAAGUGCGACUCCCAGCAGUGGAAGUGCCCUAAGGUAACCGACCGCUGCGUGAACCUGACCAGCGUGUGCGAUGGGAAGUUUGACUGCCCUAACGGCGCGGACGAGGGUCCCGGCUGCGACUUCCAAGAGUGUAGGUACAGAGGAGGCUACUGCAGCAACGGCUGCAUCCAGACACCCAUGGGCAAGCAGUGCACUUGCCCCCCUGGGGAGGAGCUCAGCAAGAACGGGUACAACUGCCAGGACGUGAACGAGUGCGAGACGCCUGGACGGUGCUCGCAGCUCUGCACGAACAUCAAGGGAGGCUAUUACUGCAACUGCGUGGACGGGUACAUCCUGGAGAAGGACAAGCACACGUGCAAAGCGUUCAACCACAGCGCAGCUUUUCUGAUCAUUUCCAAUAGGCACACGAUUCUAGUUGCUGAUCUGCAGGAUCAAGCUCUGGAGAGGGUUCCUAUCAACGUGGAGAACGUCGUGGCGACUGCCAGCAACAUGCAUACUGGUACGAUCUUUUGGUCGGAUAUGAAGCUGAAGAAGAUAUCGCGGUUGGAUAGAGGCAUGGACCCUGAGGAUGUGAUAUCCACUGGACUGGACCUGGUGGAAGGCCUCGCUUAUGAUUGGAUCGGUCAGAACCUGUACUGGUUGGAUUCCAAGCUGAACACCAUCGAGGUAGCCAAGGAAACCGGCGCCAGUCGGAUGAUACUGGUCAAGGAGAACAUCACUCAGCCGAGAGGCAUGUGUCUGGACCCCAGUCCAGGCGCCAGGUGGCUGUUCUGGACGGAUUGGGGCGAGGACCCUCGGAUAGAGAGGAUCGGCAUGGACGGCACCAACAGGUCCACCAUCAUCAACACCAAGAUAUACUGGCCCAACGGGCUUGCCUUGGACAUUGCCAACAAGAGGAUAUACUUUGCUGACAGUAAGCUGGACUUCAUCGACACCUGUCUGUACGACGGGACCAAGAGGAUUCAGGUACUGGCCAGCUCGCAUUACCUCCUGCACCCUCACUCUCUGACCCUCUUCGAGGACACCAUGUACUGGACGGACAGGCAGCUGAACAGAGUCCUAUCGGCGCACAAGUUCUACGGUGUCAAUCAGACUGUCGUCUCGCACUUGAUCUCUCAACCGCUGUCCAUCCACGUGCACCACCCUGUUCUGCAGCCGAUCACGCCCAACCCCUGCGCGAACGCCACCUGCGCGCACCUGUGUCUCCUGUCGCCGACGAGUUCUCAAGGCUACAGCUGCAAGUGCCAAGUAGGGUUCCGGUUGCUCCCCAGCGGGCAGUGCAUGGAGGAAGACACACCUUACUUGAUCGUGCUGCGAGGUUCCCAGAUUGUAGACGUCUCCCUGGUGCCAGGCAGCACCAAGACAGGCUACAUAACCCCGGUCGUCGGCGUCGAGGGAGGGAAGUUCAUCGACUACGACAGGAAGGAGCGGAUGAUCUACUGGCUGCAGACCAAGGACGACGACGAGGAGAACGGUACAAUCUACACGACUCCCUACAGCGGAGGCAACAGAACGGAGUUCCCCAGUCCAUCCGGAGACAGUGGAAUUGUGGGCGCGCCGUCCGCCAUGGCGUUCGACUGGCUGGGCAGGAACCUGUUCAUAGGGAACAAGUACGCGUCCAACAUUGAGGCCAUCAAGGUCGACGGGAAGAUCAGGUAUCGGACGAUAGUCCUAGCCAACGACGGCAACAAGACCUCAGUAGCCAAGCCUAAGGCCAUGUGCGUGGACCCUCUCGAAGGACACAUCUUCUGGGUGGACGAGGGCAGCUUUGGAAUACCCAUGAAGAUCGGCAGAGUCAACAUGGACGGCACGAACUCCAUGAUACUCGUGGACAACGCUGAGCGACUGGAGGCCAUAGCGAUAGACAUUCCCAGUAAGACCGUUUACUUCAGCACCUUGUUCCCUCCGCAGAUUGAAGCUAUCUCCACCGACGGCCAGAACCGUAGGGUCAUCGUCUCCGAGUACCUCUCGUUGCCCAAGGCGCUGGCUGUCCACGAGUUCAAGCUGUACCUUCUCGACCCCCGGUACGAGAAGAUCGAAAGGGUGGACCUGCCCGACGGAGGCAACCCCACCACUCUGAUCAACAACGACUCCGAGCUGAAGACGCUGAGCAUCUACAAGAAACGCGUCACCGGAGACCACCCUUGCUUCGUGAACAACGGCGGCUGCGAGCAGAUCUGCCUGCCCGCCUCCGGAGGCACCAGGGUGUGCGCCUGUAGCAUGGAGUACCGCAAGAUCAACGAGACCUCCUGCGAGGCGUUCAAGACCUUCGCCAUAGUGGCGCAGUUGGACAUGGCGAGGGGCUACAGUCUGAAGGACGCCAAGGAAGCUAUGGUGCCUAUUGCUGGGGUGGGUCACCACAUUCUCCACGUGGACGUGCACUAUGCGGGCAAUUGGAUCUACUGGGUGGAGUUCAACAGGGGAGUCUGGAACGGCAUAUUCCGCGUCAGGCCGAAUGGCACCGAGCUGCAGCACAUAGUCAAGCAGGGCAUAGGCUCCAAUGGGAUCAGAGGCCUGGCCAUCGACUGGGUGGCUGGCAACCUGUACUUCACCAACGUGUUCCCCCAUGACAACUACGUCGAGGUGUGCAAGCUGGAUGGCUCCAACAGGACAGUGCUCGUGAAGAAGACCACUGACUCGCCCAGGGAGCUAGCUGUCAAUCCCAUUAAGAGGUUCCUCUAUUGGAUAGACUACGGUCAGUACCCCAAGUUGGGCAAGGCUCUGUUGGACGGCAGCAAGUGGAUGCCCAUAGUGACCUCUGGCAUCAGCACUCCUCGAGACAUCACCAUCGACUUCGCCACCCACGACGUCUACUGGGUGGACUCUAAGCAGGACACCAUUCAGAAGGUCUCCUACACCGGUGGCAACCGCGCGAUCGUCAGACGCAACCUGCCUAAUCCCAUGGGCGUAGCAAUCUAUGGAAAUGACCUGUACUGGGUGGACAGGAAUUUGGCGACGGUGUUCAAAGCCAACAAACGCGACAGGACUAAUUUCAACCUGCCCACCACGGUCAGGUCCAACCUGCCGAAGUUGAGGGACAUCGUCAUGUUCGAUCAGAACAGUCAGCCGCCUGAUCCCACCAACCCCUGCGCCCCAGGCGGCACCGCCGACUGCGAGCAACUCUGCUUCGCCAUGUCCAACGAGUCCCUGAGCUUCACCAAGGUGUCAUUCGAAUACAAAUGCAUGUGUGCUGUAGGUAAACUUGCAGCGGACGGGAAACGCUGCGAGAACGUGGACGAGUACCUGGUGUUCGCCACUAGGACGGAGAUCAGAGCCAUAGGUCUGGACCCCCAGAACACCAACGUACCGUUCCCUCCCAUGGUGAACCUGACCAACGUGGUGGGCGUCGACUUCGACUACCAGGACAAGAAGCUGCUGUUCACGCAGAUCAGGCCAGGCGCGAAGAUCGCCUGGAUGCAUGCGGACCAUCCGUCCUCCUCUGAGAUCCACACGCUGAUCAGCAAGGGAAUCAACCCAGAGGGGAUUUCCUAUGAUUGGACGCAGAAGAAGGUCUACUGGACGGACUCCUCCAACAACAGCAUCUACGCCAUGGACCUCGACGGGUCGAACCUCGUCAUGAUAGCCAGAGUGGACAGGCCCAGAGCCAUCGUCGUCGACCCCUGCAACGGCUCGCUGUACUUCACCGACUGGGGUCGCUUCGGCACCUCAGGGAAGAUAUUCAGAACCACCAUGGCCGGCUCCUUGAAGAAAGCCAUCAUCGACAAGGAUCUCUCUCAGCCCAGUGGCUUGGCUAUCGACUAUGAAGACCGCAUGCUGUACUGGACCGACGCUGUCCGCGAGAAGAUAGAGCGCUCAGAGUUAGAUGGCAGCAAUCGUCAGGUGCUAGUCAGCGCUACCAUAUACCCCUUCGCCAUCACCGUCUUCAGGGAGCACAUAUACUGGACAGACCUCCAGCUGAGAGGCGUAUACCGCGCAGAGAAGCACACUGGAGCCAACAAGGUGGAGCUGGUGAAGAGAUUAGAGGACUCCCCUAGGGAUCUGCAUAUUUAUUCAUCAGGCAGGCAGCAGUGCAAAGUAAAUCCUUGUAACAUUUCCAACGGCGGCUGCGACCAGUCCUGUCAUCCAAGCGUGAAUGGUUCUGUAGAAUGUAAAUGCGAUGACAAUAGUAGACUGGUGAACGAGGACAGGAUGUGCGUGCCCAAGAACGUCACCUGCGACUCCAGCAAGUUCGCCUGCGGCAAUGGUCGCUGUAUCUCUAGAAUGUGGGCUUGCGAUGGGGAUAAUGACUGUGGGGAUGGCUCUGAUGAGGAUACUAACUACUGUUCUUACCACUCGUGCAGUCCCAACGAGUUCAGAUGCAACAACGGCAGGUGCAUCUUCAAGACCUGGAAAUGCGAUCAUGAAAAUGACUGUCGCGACGGCAGCGACGAGGAGGGCUGCGUCUACCCUCCCUGCGCCGACGGCGAGUUCACCUGCGCGAACUACCGCUGCAUCCCUCAGUACCUGGUCUGUAAUGGUGUGAAUGAUUGCAAGGAUAACGUCACCUCCGACGAGACCCACGAACGGUGCCCCAUGAACGCAACCUGUCCCCCUAAUCAUCUAAAAUGCGAGAAGACUAACAUCUGCGUGGAGCCGUACUGGUUGUGCGACGGCGACAACGAUUGCGGCGAUAACAGCGACGAGAAUCCCCUGCACUGCGCCCAGAGGACUUGUCCUCAGAACAGCUUCAGGUGUCCCAACCACAGGUGCAUUCCGGCCACGUGGUACUGUGACGGGGACGAUGACUGCUUAGACGGUAAGGACGAGCCGACCGGCUACUGUCAGUCAGAAGGCAGAACGUGCUUCGGAGAUCUAUUCACCUGCGACAAUGGCAACUGUAUUCCUAGGAUCUACAUUUGCGACGGGGAGAAUGAUUGCCUGGAUAACUCCGAUGAGGAUGACAGGCAUCAGUGCAAUGAUAGAAAGUGCGACGAAGAGACCGAGUUCACCUGUACCGCGAACAAGGUCUGGAACAGGGCGCAGUGUAUCCCUAAGAAAUGGUUGUGCGACGGCGAUCCGGAUUGCGUUGACGGAGCCGACGAGAACGUCACUCUGCACCAUUGUCCUAUGCCUAUCCCGUGCGCCGAGAAUCAGUUCACAUGCGACAACGGUCGCUGCCUGAAUCAGAACUGGCUGUGCGAUCAUGACAAUGACUGCGGCGACGGCAGCGACGAGGGGAAGUUCUGCAAUUCGAAGUACAAGCCUUGCACCGCUCAAGAGUUCUCCUGUCAUAACUUCAAGUGCAUCAGGAAGCAGUUCCGCUGCGACGGACAGGACGACUGCGGCGACCACUCCGAUGAGGAUGGAUGUCCGCCGAAAGUGAAGAACACCACCUGCCCGAAUCCUGGAGAGUUCAUGUGCGCCAACGGCUUCUGCAUCGACCAGCGUCUGGUGUGCAACAAGGAGCCGGACUGCGCGGACGAGAGCGACGAGCCGGCUCACUGCAACGUGGACGAGUGCGCGCAAGUGGAGAUGAACCAGUGCGGACACAAAUGCGUGGACACUCCCACGAGUUACUACUGCGAAUGUAACCCAGGCUACAGGCUGUUGCCCGACGGGAAAGCCUGCGAAGACGUGGACGAGUGCGUGGAGACUCCGCAAGUCUGCAGCCAGCAGUGUGAGAACACACCCGGCAGCUUCUACUGCAAAUGCAACGAGUACUGGUACGAGCGGGCCGCGGACGAGCACACGUGCAAGAGGCGGGACAACAUCAAGCCAUGGAUCAUCUUCACUAACAAGUACUAUGUCAGGAACAUGUCCAUAGACGCCUCAAACUACAGCCUGAUGCAUCAGGAUCUGAUCAACGUUGUCGCCCUGGACGCUGAUUACGCGGAGCAGAUGUUAUAUUUCUGCGACGUCACCGCUAAGACUAUAUUCAGAGCGCCCAUUGCUGGAGGGGAGAAGGAGCCGAUCAUCAGACACGACAGCCUCGGAUUGGAAGGUAUAGCGAUUGACUGGGUCGGCCGGAAGCUGUACUGGCUGGACCGCCACGAUAAACACUUGGACGUCGCUGAACUGAAUGGGACCAAUAGGAAGACCUUACUGACUGGCAUAGCGGACCCGAGAGCUAUCGUUGUGCAUCCUGGCACUGGGUACUUGUACUUCACGUCUUGGCAUCUGCAGGCCUACAUAGGCAAGGUGGGAAUGGAUGGCAGCAACUUCACGAGGAUCCUCACCUGGCAGGAUGACAUCGCCUGGCCAAACGCUUUGACUAUCGAUUAUUUCACCGACAAGAUCUUCUGGGCAGACGCUCAUUUAGAUUACAUAGCGUUCGCCGAUCUGGAGGGUCACAACAGGAGGAAGGUGCUCACGGGCAACGCCGUGCCACACGUGUUCGCCAUCACCGUCUUCGACGACUUCAUCUUCUGGACCGACUGGAACCUGAAGGCUAUCCAACGGGCAGAAAAAUUCUCUGGGAACAACAUUCGACUACUGCGCAACACCACUCACAGACCGUACGACAUCCACGCUUAUCAUCCUCUGCGACAGCUGCCCUACAAGAACCCCUGCAUGGAGAACAACGGCGGUUGCUCUCAUCUCUGCUUGAUCUCACCGCCUGCGAGCUCCUACUUGCUGGAAGGUUACGGCCAACCGGGCGUCACGUCGUACAAAUGUAAGUGUCCUAACCAAUUCGUGCUGGACAAGGACGGCAAGAACUGUAUAGCCAACUGCACCCGCGGUCAGCAUGGCUGCGGACCACCGGAUGAGAAGUGUAUACCGUGGUACUGGAAAUGCGACGGCGAGAAGGACUGCAAAGACGGCUCCGACGAGCCGACGAGUUGCCCGCCUCGAGUGUGUCGAGCCAGCGUCUUCCAGUGUGCCAAUGGUAACUGCAGGCCUAGCGUGGCAGUGUGCGACGGCGCCGACGACUGCGGGGAUAAGAGCGACGAGGCCGUCUGCAACCUGGAGUGCGGCGAACUGGAGUUCAAGUGCAAGUCCACCGGAAGGUGCAUCCACGAGUCCUGGAAGUGCGACGGAGACGUUGACUGCAAGGACGGCAGCGAUGAGGAUCCUGCUAUCUGUCACAAUCGACCAUGCGACCCGAGCACCGAGUUCGCCUGUAAGAACGGCAGAUGCAUCCAGAAGGUGUGGAUGUGCGACUCGGACAACGACUGCGGCGACGACAGCGACGAGCCAGCGUACAUUUGUCGCCAGAAGAACUGCACGACGGGCUGGCAGCGCUGUCCAGGCCACGCCAACUACCGCUGCAUACCGAAAUGGCUGUUCUGCGACGGGAAGGACGACUGCCGCGACGGCUCCGACGAGCUGCCGGAGAACUGUCUCAAGUGUGAUCCCAAGAUGGACUUCAAAUGCGCUAACAACAGGUGCGUGCCUAAGCAGUGGCUCUGCGACUUCGCCGACGAUUGCGGCGACGGCAGCGACGAGAUGGAGGCCAUGUGCAAGGACCGGUACAGGGAGUGCUCCGAGUCCGAGUUCCGUUGCGACAACGGCAAAUGCAUUGCGUCGAGGUGGAGGUGCGACAGCGAGGACGACUGCGGUGACAACAGCGAUGAGAACGGAUGCCAGAAGUUCGUGUGCAAGAGCGACACGUUCAAGUGUGCGAGUGGACACUGCAUUGCUUCGUAUCUUCGAUGCGAUGGCACAAGGGACUGCAGGGACAUGAGCGACGAGAUUGGCUGUCCUCCGAGGUAUUCCGGUGGAAGGUACUGUCCGCAGACGAGAUUCCAGUGUGAUAACAAUCUCUGCGUCUACCUUACUGACACGUGCGACGGAAGCGAUGACUGUGGAGAUGGGUCUGACGAGAAUCCAAAUAUGUGUGAAAACUUCAAAUGCGACACAACGAGGAGGUUCCAGUGCGCGAACCACAAGUGCAUCGCCAAGUACCAGCUGUGCGACGGUGUCGACAACUGCGGCGACGGAUCCGACGAGAACAACAUGACGAUGUGCGCGUCCAGAGUUCGCCCUUGUGACCCCAUAAACGAGUACACUUGCUCCAACAAGAAGUGCAUCGACCGCACCAAGCUCUGCGACUUCGGUGACGAUUGUGGUGACUCCUCUGAUGAGCUUGGCUGUCAUCACAAUAAACCAUGCUUGGACAGCAAUAAGGGAGGCUGCUCUCACUACUGUCACAACAUCACCGACGGCGGUUACAUCUGCGCCUGUUACCCAGGCUACAUAAUAUCACAGGACAACAGAAAGCAUUGCGAGGACAUCGACGAGUGUACCACCGGCCAGCACCAGUGCUCCCAGAUCUGCACGAACAUGAACGGAACCUAUUCCUGCUCGUGCAGGCAAGGUUUCGAGCUGUCCGACAAUCGCAGCGGAGUCUGCAAGGUCUUGGACAACGACGCGAUGAUUCUGUUCGCAAAUGGGCCGGAGAUUCGCGCGUACGAACUCCACAAGAGGGACGAGGUUGAAGUGAUCGCCAACGAGAAAAGGGUGCAAGACGUUGACUUUGAUCCAAGAGCGGAGUACGUGUUCUGGAUCGACAGUCACGACAACACCAUCAAGAGAUCUUACAUGCUGAACGCGAAGGGUGGCCAAGUGAAGAUAGGAUACGCGCAGGAUCUUAACAUAAAAAGCGAUUCGACGCCUACCAGUUUGGCAGUGGACUGGAUAUCUGGCAAUCUUUACUGGACCGAGAUCGACUCGACGGGGGCGACGGCGUUCGGUCGGAUAAUGGUCUCGAAAGCCGAUGGCAGGUACCGUCGAAGCUUGGUAACGGUGGGCCUGGAAAUUCCGACUUCUAUUGUACUGGAUCCGGAGUUGGGCAAGACAAUUUGGGCAGACGCUGGCAGCCAGCCGAAGAUCGAGGUCGCCUGGAUGGACGGUGACAAGAGGAAGCAGUUGGUUUCUGAUAAAAUCGGUCAACCCAUUGCACUCGCUGUUGAUUAUUCUAUGGGGCAUGUUCUGUAUUGGGCUGACAGCAAGCUUAAUACCAUCGAGUCCAUUGAACAGGAUGGUUCGAACAGAAGAGUGCUCCUGAAGGGCGAGACCCUAAAGCACCCGGUGUCGUUGGACGUUUUCGAAAGCAGUCUCUACUGGACCACCAGACGGACCGGCGAGCUGAUCAGACAAGACAAAUUCGGUAGAGGCGUGCCACAGGUCAUCGUGAGCGACAUCCCCAGACCUGGCGGAGUCCGCGUGUACCAUCCGUUGAGAUACAACGUCUCUCUGAGAAACCUCUGCCACGAAGAUCAAUGCACGCAUCUCUGCGUACCUGUCCCCGGUGGUCAUCGAUGCCUCUGCUCAGACAGCAUCGGUCCGCUUCAACAGAAACACGACAUGCGAACGAACGAGCGGCAUUGCGACGCAACGAAUGAGAGGCCGUUGCCCGAGCCACGGAUCUGUCCAUGUAGAAACGGUGGCCUGUGUCAGGAGGCGGAAGACAAUAAAUUACAGUGCGCUUGUCCGGCCUAUUUCCACGGAGAAUUCUGUGAGGUGGGCCUGGUGGCUGCCAGGUCGAGUAACGCCACUGCCGCCAUCGUUAUUCCUAUUGUUAUUUCGGUGUUGGUCCUCCUUGGAGCUGCUGCUGUUAUAAUGGUGCUCAAGAAACGACCGUUUGGUAAGCCUGGUGGUCUCAGCAGCCUGACUGGUGCUCAAAGCGUAUCGUUCAGACAGGGCAGCAACGUGGAAUUUGGCGUGCCUGCUCACGAGAGAAUGGAACCUCUGGACGUCGAGUACAACCUCGGCGAUGUAAGCAACAAGAACAGGGACUUCAGUAAUCCUAUGUACGACGCGGUGAACACGGAUACAGGUGCUACCAACGGCACCGGCGCGAGCAGCAUGUACGAGCUACCGGCUGAGAUGAAGCCAUCCAGCAUCCAGCACAAAGAACCGCCGCAGUUACACCUUAAAAGGAGGGAACUCGAUCCCACGCCUAUCGACUCGGGGAAGGACACGCAGCAGCUGGUUGAGGAAGACAAGUCCGAAUGUUAGAUAGUUUAACUCUUUCAUGCAGUGACGUGGUUAGAAGUUUUUAGGGAAAGGAAUCGACACGUGGAAUGCAACAGCAGGGAAACCAUUGUCCGAGAAAUUUGUUGCAAUUGUUUUAGUUUGUAUUUCAGACGUGAUCUUGCGUUAAUGAAUUGGAAUCUCGAGUGACGUCCGUUAUACACUUUUUAAAUUAGAUACUCCUUCGAGAUGUUUUAAUUACUGAUCUGUUAUAUGUUCGUACAUUUUUGUUUUCUAUUCCCCAGCGUUGUUAACGAUCAUUAAUCAAGGCAUACGAUUAAUAGGUUUGGAAGCGUGUGAUACGAAUGUCGUAGCUUGAAACGCAUUAGGAAUAGUUUUAGUGCGGGGGCAAUAGAGCGACACCUUGAGAUCAAAUUAUAUUUUUAUCAUUUUACGUUUUCUUUCUUGUAUAAAUUUUAUUCGACUCGACGAAAGAAAAUUCUUAUUAUACAUAAGACUGAAUGUGUUUUAUCGACUAUAAACACUGCGAGAGUUGCGAGGGUUCGAAGGUAACUAUAUAAGUGCCGAGGAGGGAAUCAUUGUAAGAACCGUGCGAUGAAAUUGUAAUGUGAUUUAACGACGAGUUCCCUGUGUGUUGUCGAAGGGAACGGCCCGAGAAAGUUCGUCUGACUACGCCACUGCUUCUACGUAGGGAUGCUCUCGUAUUUCUUGCACUUCCUUCUUACGAUUUCUAUUCUCCAUACUUGGACUCGUCAGAAUCUCAAACGUCGACUCGCGAGUACAUCGAUUCGGUAUAAAAAACGAUGACACAAGACACAGAAGAACAUCUCCAAAUUUCUACGUAGAUCCAAAACAAUAGAAUUUCAUCUCUUAAUCUUUGAACAAACUACUCGAGGAUCGAAGUGCAACGAAUGGCGAGCCGUGUCAUCUUAGGUGCGAUUUGUAAGUCUUGUAAAUACGAUUAUCGCAGAAUAUUAUUUUCAUGUUGUCCAUGUACCAUAAAGAAAACAAAACAUUCCAUACUUUCGGGAGCAGAGCUCGAGGCACGAGAGAAGCGGGGGACGAUUUGUUAAGUCGGUUGUGCAGUAAGUUUAAGAUGCGUAGGGCCUCGGCGUGCGAGUCACCUCACAAAACCACGAGUUUGUUUUUUUUCUUCGCGGAGAGGGAAUGUCCCUUUGCUGAUGAAAAAGAAAGAAAGAAAAAGAAAGAAUGAAAGAAAGAUAGAAAAAGAAAGGAAGAAACAUCUCUGUUCUCUUUCACCGUUUCUUCUCUCAAUGUUUGCUCGGUCACGUGAGCGUCGUUGUUGUGUUGUACAUUUUUUCUCUAGAUUAUGCGCGGGGAACGUCGGUGUACAGUUUUUCUUCCGUAGCAAACUGUGAUCGUAAAUUACGAAUUGGGUCCGAGUAGUAUAUGCAAGGUGAUCUUGUUUUAACGAACAAAGCGUACCCGUUAAAUACGCCUCGAACGAGUGAGAGGAAUUUAAAAGAAAAAAAAAUGAAAGAUUUUUUUUUUAUAUAUAUAUAUAUAUGUAUACAGACACACACACAGAAGUAUAUGUAUAUAUAUGUAUAUAGGUACAGUAGAAUCUCGAUUAUGGUAGCUAGAGAUUAAGGAGAAGUAUUUCUAGGGAAGCGUAAUUAUAAGCUUUGGAAUCUGGAGAUUGUUGUUGUACGUUCCAUAAAAUUAUAUAGAUUGUUAACGUACUCUUGAUCGGUCAUUUUUUUUUUCUUCACCAGCAUCCAUCAACUUCACACAUUUCAAUGUUCUCAUCUUCAGUGAGCUCUAUCGCUAGAACGUUUUUCUCACUUUUCUUUUGUUUCUUUUUUUUUAAUUAUUUUCUAUGGAUCAUAGGAAUGUGCUGCACUGUUUAACGGUAGUUUGAACUGGUUAAUUUAGCGUUUGAAAGAUACGAUGAUCAACGGUCGCGUCGUGGUUCGGUAUCGUGUAUAGAAAAAAAUUGCACCGAGUGGAUAUUAAUUAAUCAAGUUUCUACUGUACAAUUAUUUUUCUUCUUAAUAUAUAAUGUAACAUGAGCGUUGUACAUAGAUUUUGCAGAUUAAUGAAGAAAAUGAGCGGCACUGACUCACGUUUACAGAUUAUACAUAAAGUUAUAUAAAUAAAGAAAUCUAUACAUGUGUAUGUAUAUAUAUGUAUAUGUAUGUACAUGUAUAUGUAUAUAUAUAAAUUUUUUGAAAAAUAUAUAUAUAUAUAUAUGUGUAUGUAUAGUAAAUACAUGUAUGUACAUUUAUGUAUGUGCGUAUGGGUAAAUUAUUGCGCAUCAAGCAUCCUUGGAAACGACUUUAUCCUGGGCGGGACUCCAGAGUGUCCUAAUUUUAUCUCUAACUGUAUCAGUAUUUUCUGUAUUUUUUUAACGAACCGACGUGAUAGCGAUUGUUAAUAUAUUGUUCGAAUAUUAAACAGGUACCGUCCAAGAAUAAAAAAUGAAGUUUAA